GGCAGUUCUAGUCAAAUUUAUUCACAGCCCAUUGGCUCUCUUAAUUUUAUAAAAUGCCGGUAGUGUAGUUUUAGUUUUUUUAUUGAACUGAGCACGGCAUAGUCCCACGUGUUUGUUAACAAUUGUAAUCAUGGCUGAAAUAGAGAAAGCAAAGAAGAAGAGCAAGAAGAAGUCCCUGGGAGAGCUUCAGGUGGCUAUGGAUUGUAAAAUGGAGCCUUCUGACAUUCCUGAGAAGCUGGAUUGUAAAGAUUGGCCUUUAUUAUUCAAAAAUUUUGAUAAAAUGUUAACAAGAACAAAACAUUUUACUCCAUUGACAAGCGGAUCAACCCCUUUGCACAGAACUCUAUCAGAAUACGUUAAAUCAGGGUGCAUAAAUCUUGACAAACCGUCAAACCCGUCUUCCCACGAAGUAGUCGCUUGGAUCAAGCGAAUCCUGAAGGUCGAGAAGACUGGCCAUUCUGGUACUCUCGAUCCCAAGGUAUCAGGAUGUUUGAUAGUCUGUAUCGACAGAGCUACGCGUCUCGCCAAGUCCCAGCAGUCUGCGGGAAAAGAGUAUAUCGCGGUAUUCAAGCUCCACUCUGCCGUAGAAGACACUCAGAAGAUAAGCCAAGCGCUGGAACGAUUACGCGGUGCGCUGUUUCAAAGGCCUCCGCUGAUUUCCGCAGUUAAACGACAACUGCGUGUGAGGACCGUCUAUGACAGCUGGUUCCUCGACUACGACAAAGAGCGCAAUAUAGGAAUUUUCAAAGUUAAAUGCGAAGCUGGUUCCUAUGUAAGAACUAUUUGCGUUCAUUUAGGUCUCUUCUUGGGUACUGGAGCGCAAAUGCAGGAGCUCAGGAGAAAUCGUUCUGGAGUUCAAAGUGAGGAGGAUAAUAUGGUGACGAUGCAUGAUAUUCUAGAUGCUCAGUGGUUAUAUGAGAACCAUGGUGAUGAAUCUUAUUUGAGGAGAGUUAUCAAGCCAUUGGAAGCUCUUUUGGUUAAUCACAAAAGAAUUAUUAUGAAGGACAGUGCUGUAAACGCAAUCUGCUAUGGAGCUAAAAUUAUGUUACCUGGUGUUUUAAUGUACGACGACGGUAUUGAAUUAAACCAAGAAAUAGUAAUUGUAACAACAAAAGGAGAAGCAGUAGCUUUGGCAAUAGCUCUAAUGACUUCGCCAACAAUGAGUGCAUGUGAUCACGGAGUCGUUGCUAAAAUAAAGCGUGUGAUUAUGGAAAGAGAUGCUUACCCUAGGAAAUGGGGUUUGGGUCCCAAGGCUUCAAUGAAGAAACGUAUGAUUGUUGAGGGAAAAUUAGACAAGCAUGGUAAACCUAAUGAAAACACACCUGCUGAUUGGUUGUCGGGUUACGCUGAUUAUUCUCAAACACCACAACAGACUCUACCUAAGACGGAAGAAAAUGGAGUCAAAGAAACGGGACAAAAACGCAAACGAGAAGAAUCAGAAUCAGGUGAACCUGAAGCCGAAAAAGCUGACGUAAAAGUUAAGGCAGAGCCUCAAGAAAUGGAUGUUGAUCAAACGCCCAAAGAAAAGAAAAAGAAAGAUAAAAAGAAGAAAAAGGAAAAGAAAGAAAAAGAUGCUGAAGUUUCUAUGAAUGAGACUAUGGAAACUGAAGGGGAAACAGGAGAAACACCCAAGAAGGAAAAGAAAAAGAAAAAGAAGAAGAGCAAAGAAGAAGCUCAGGAAUAAUUUUGUAUUGAAUCUUUAGCCAUCUCUGAUGAUUACUGUACAUAACUAUUAUGUAAUUCUUUACAUUUAAUAUCUAAUCGUCAAACAGGCUUUGGGAUUAGAUUUUUCUAUGUUUAUUUUCAAUCCCAAACUAUUUACAAAUUUAUAUUUAGGUGUAAGGUCAAUUUAUCUCUCAAUUUGUAAUUCUUAAGCUUUUCUCUUUAAAGUAAGAAAAAGUUUACAUUAUAUAAGAAAAACAAGCAUUUACUAGACUAUUUUCUAAUAAAGUAUUUUUAAACUUUA